AUAUUAUUGCUACUCGUACGUACGCGUUGACCUUGAAGCUUCAACAUCAUGAUCUGUGGCGGUUGAAGCGUGAUUUCUUCCAUUCCGGUAGCAUCCACCCACCGAUCACUAUCAGUAGCACAUUCACUGCCUUCUUCUUUGAGUUAGUUUAUCCCCCAACAACAUGCUUUCCAGAAUCGUUGAGCAAAUCUUUGUCGUUGCCCUAUUGGUGGCAGCAGCAAGCCCCAGUGAUGCAUUCACCACUACCGGUACUGCCACCAGGACUGUCAAGGCUUUGUCGGCAACUGUAGACACAGAGGAGGAUAUUCUCAAGCCCCCUUAUGAGGUAGAACCCAUUUCACUCCGUAUUGGCCAUGGAUUUGAUAUUCAUCGAAUGGCUCCCAUUGAAGUGGCAGGGCAACCAGUGAUCAUUGGCGGGGUGAAGAUUACCCACAAGGAUCAAAAGUGGACUGAUGCAGAAGGGACAUAUGUGGAAAAGGGAGGAAUCUACGAAACUCAGCUAGGAGUAGUGGCCCAUUCCGAUGGUGACGUGGUCUAUCAUUCUAUUGUAGAUGCCAUUUUUGGGGCUCUGACACUCCCCGACAUUGGCCAAGUGUUUCAAGACACCGAUCCUCGAUGGAAGGGUUGCGAUUCCUCCAAAUUCAUGGAACAUGCCUAUGAAGUCAUGACGGGUUAUGGAUACAAAAUUGGAAAUUGCGAUGUCACACUCAUCUUGGAAAGACCCAAAGUAGCCAGCUUCAAACCAGCCAUGAAAGAGAAUAUUAUCAAUUUGCUCCAUACAACACCAGGUCGAGUCAACAUCAAAGCUCGGACACACGAACAAGUGGAUAGUGUGGGAGAGCUUCGAAGUUUGAGUUGUCAUGUGGUUUUGACACUGGAAAGAGCUUAAUAAAAGAAGAAUGGCAUGAACGCGUGCCAAUCCAAACAGAAACAACAAUACAUUUGCAAUCUACAGUACAUGAUCCUGCAGCCAGUCAUGCAAACGAUACUGUGCGUUCUGUGAGAGGAAGACUCGUAGCUCGGUAU